UCCAUUGGCCCGCUCCAUAAGGCGGGUGACCCGUGAGGGGAUGGACCCUAACUAAGGAUGUUAGGAAACAGAAGAGCCAGCCUAGAGCAGCGGAGAUCCUGUGGGAGAGGCCGCUGCGGUUGCGCGACUGGGUUUUUCUGUUCCUUUUUCUCUUCCCUGUCUGUCCACACGCAGCCAUCAGCCUACAAAGACAUGACCACCAAUGCUGGCCCCUUGCACCCAUACUGGCCUCAGCACCUAAGGCUAGACAGCUUUGUGCCCAAUGACCGUCCCACCUGGCAUAUCUUGGUUGGUCUCUUCUCUGUCUCUGGGGUCUUAGUCGUGAUCACAUGGCUGUUGUCGGGUCGUGCUGCAGUCAUCCCACUGGGGACUUGGCGGCGACUGUCCCUGUGCUGGUUUGCAGUGUGUGGAUUCAUUCACCUGGUGAUUGAGGGCUGGUUCAUUCUCUAUUAUGAGGAGCUUCUUGGAGACCAAGCCUUCUUAUCCCAACUCUGGAAAGAGUAUGCCAAGGGAGACAGCCGAUACAUCCUGGGUGACAACUUCACAGUAUGCAUGGAGACCAUCACGGUUUGCCUGUGGGGACCACUCAGCGUGUGGGUGGUGAUCGCCUUUCUCCGCCAGCAUCCCCUCCGCUUUGUCCUGCAGCUCGUGGUCUCUGUGGGCCAGAUCUACGGGGACACGCUCUACUUCCUGACAGAGCAGCGUGACGGAUUCCAACAUGGAGAACUGGGCCACCCCCUCUACUUCUGGUUUUACUUUGUCUUCAUGAAUGGCCUGUGGCUGGUGCUUCCCGGAGUCCUCGUAUUCGAUUCUGUGAAGCAGCUCACUCAUGCCCAGAGCAUGCUGGACGCCAAAGCUACAAAAGCCAAGGGCAAACAGAACUGAGGAGUGGUGGACCAGGCUUAAACACUGGCCAGUGAGGAGCUCUCUGCCUGCCAGAAGAGUCCAAUCCUGCUCCUACAGGUUGGAGUGACAAAACUAAUUGGUCUGUCAAACUCAGGCUGGUGGGUGGGCACAAAAAGGGCCACAGACAGAGAAUAAAGGGGCUGUGUGUAGCUAUUUCCAGGAGCCACUGGGACCAAGGUACAAGAGAAGCCAGGAAGUCUGUGAUGGUGACAAUUUUUAAAAUCAGGAAAUAAAAAUCUUGACUCUAA